UACAACAAGAACUCGCACGUUGGUUGUUGGAAUUUGUUUAGGUUGGAAUGUUCAAGAAUUUUAGAUACUAAGCAUGAAUUCGGAUGGUACACAAGUCCUACUGUCUGUCGAAGCAGAAGCUUACGUAGAACAUCUUGUGAAAUUUGGGAUAAAAGAUGUCGGAGGAAGAGAAUGGGGUAGACAACAUGAGAACAUGGAAAAACUGAACAUGCAGGCUGUAGUUAAUGCAACAGCUCAGGAGGAUGAAUUCAUUAAGGAUUUUCUUAUCUCUUGUGGCAAAGUAGAUGUUGUGGUCCAUGAUCUGAUAUUAACAGAAGUUUGGAAAGAAAAGAUUUUCCCAGAGCUUGUCGACAUGAACUUCAAUCCAAGGACAACAUUCCCCUUAUAUAUGGUGCUUUAUCAUGAAGCGACAGUUGUGAAUCUUUUGGAGACCACCAUGUUUUACCGCGAGACUUGUGAAGCAGCAGAGGACUGUAUACCUGACUUGAUUGACUACUGCUAUAGAAGACUCACACAACUAGUGGCCAGGUCUGAGAGUGCAGAAGAGGAUGAUGAGGAUGAACCUAAUGAUCCCACACUAUCAGCAGAAACUCAUGGUGGUAACAUGGAAGAGUUACAGAAACAGGAGAAGAAAUUAAAUUUUGAAAUUUGUAUCAAAGUGAUUUCUCUUCUGCGGUACAUAACAGACAGUAUAGAGAGCUUGCCAUUAAGUGUAAUGACCAGGAUGUUAAAUACAUUGGACAUUCCUAUUCUGUUAGUUCAACUAGCGGAAUCCCCACCUUGGACAAGGAGGAAAAAUGGAAAAAUUUUCAAAUUCAUUGACAGUAAGUGGCAGGAAUUAAACUUUGAAGAGAGCAUGAAAAUCACAAAGAUAGAAGGGCAGAUUUGGUUGGCCUUGUACACACUGCUAAUGAAUGGUAAAUGUCAACAGAAGUAUGACCUGAAUACCCACAGGAAAAACACCAUCCUCAAGUUAAGGUCCCAUUUGACUGAGGUGAUGCUGGACCAGCUUCCAAUCUUGGUUGAGAUGCAGAGGUAUCUGGAGCACCUGUCCAUGAUGGAACCUCCUGCCCCUGCUAGAGAACUUAUCCUGGAACAGGUGCCAGAGAUCAAAGAGAAAAUAUUGAAUGACAAUAAAGGAAAAUGGAAGAAGAUUGCUAAGAAACAGUCCCAGACUUUCUUUAACCCUUCAGACAGUGAUGUCAGGGCCCAGGCCAAAAGAUGGGCAGACACAUAUAACUUUGAUGUGUUGGAGGGAUUACUGACAGACCCUCCCAAAUGUGCUGUAUGUGGAGCUGAUGCCACCAAAAGAUGUUCACGCUGUCAGAACGAAUGGUACUGCAGGAGGGAGUGUCAAGUUUCUCAUUGGAAAAAGCACAAGAAAGCUUGUGAUCUGAUUGUAGAAGCUAAUGAUUCAGUGAAGGCCAAUGGAUAAUAGGACUAUGAGGCCAAACUUCAUAAACAAGGGGGAUAACUCAUUCUGUGAAGGCAACUUAAUGUUUCCGUCAUGUUACUUUCAGAUUGACAAUCAAGCAUCUUGCAUUGAUUUAAAAGCAUUUCAGAGAAGCCUAUGACUACAUGUACCUCUGUGUACCUCUCCAUUUUGUAAACAUUUAUUUGAUUAUUUUAUGUGGAUAUUUUAAAUUUCAUUCAUUAAAGAUUUAUUUAUAAAUCCCAAAUGAGAGACAUAUCAUAAGAGACCUGAUGUUUGUUUUUUUUAAUGCUUACAGAGUAAA